UUUCUUCGGCUCUGGAUCGGGUUUCUUUUCUUCUUUAGGUUCUGGAUCAGGUUUCUUUUCUUCUUUUGGUUCUGGUUUAGGUUUUUUUUCUUCCUUCGGUUCUGGAUCAGGUUUCUUUUCUUCUUUAGGUUCUGGAUCAGGUUUCUUUUCUUCCUUCGGUUCUGGAUC